UUGAGUGCGUUGUUGGAUCUGGGAGGUCGGGAAGUCCAAGGCCGUUGAAAGAUAGUCGUGUUUUAAAGUAUCCCUGUUCGCGUGAGGGGAGUGACGAGCGUGCGUGGUCAGCAUAAAGCUUCAUACACAUCCUCUGCGUGGACAAAAUGCCCUCAAAGCAGAGGAAAGUUGCUGUGUUGGGGUUCCGUUCAGUCGGUAAAUCGUCCUUGUCCAUUCAAUUCGUCGACAACCAGUUCGUGGACUCGUACGACCCCACUAUUGAAAACACGUUCUCUAAGGUGGUGAAGGUGCGCGGCCAAGAGUACGAGAUCAAGAUCGUGGACACGGCCGGCCAGGACGAAUGCUCCAUCAUGCCUUCCCAGUACACCAUGGACGUCCACGGCUACGUCCUCGUCUACAGCAUCAACUCGCACAAGAGCUUCGAGGUGCUCCGCUCCAUCCACGACCGGCUGCUCGACCUCACGGGCAAAGUCAAUCUGCCGAUGGUGCUCGUUGGCAACAAGACUGACCUGCACCGCGAGCGCGAGAUCUCGUUCGAUGACGGCAAGCGCCUGGCCGACUCGUGGGGCGCCCUCUUCCUGGAGACGUCUGCCAAGCGGAACGAGUCGGUGUCCGACAUCUUCAACCAGCUGGUGGUGGAGAUGGAGCGGGCCGACGGCAACGCCCCCAAGGACUCGUCCUGCGCCGUGCAGUGAAGCCGGCGCGCCGCCGGGCGCGUGGCCCCAUGUAGCGGGCGGGGGAAACCGGGCUGGGAUGACACGGCGCCUGGCGCCGGCCGGGCGUGCCGAUCAAGCUGGCCUUAUCGCCGCGUCUGCGCGCGACGGGUGCUCCUGACGGCCGGCGCGGGUGUGGCUGGUGAGACAGGUUGGCGCACAAGUAUUGCAAUGAGUGUAACGCGCCAGGCAAUAACGAUUUCCGUGUGUGGUGAUGACGAGUGGGUCCAGUUUCUUUGCGUCACGCUUUGCCACUGCACACCGGCGGCCGGACGCGGCAAGGCUGGGUUUAUGUACUGAUAUCGAAUCCAUUGUACAGACUUCGCUCUUUCAUAGCUGUAUAUACAUAUGUACCCGUGUACAGUGACGUUGAAAUUCUGAUUGAGCCAUUGAUGUUAAUUUUAUAGUACGAGGGGUACCGGUGGCUCGGCGCCGGGCAGGGAUCCGCAGCGUCCCGAUCUGCAUGUGCCCUACAAUGGCAAGGUGUUCGCUCCUGUCAGCCUGAGUGGUCAGGGAUUACCUCCAGAUGUCGAUGGCGAGAGGCUGGUACACGCAUAGUAGUAUGAAUAAAUGGCUGAGGACACGUCA